AUGGAUACAAAAACAGGCUACUCCCCUGUACUUACAAGGAACAUCUCGCUAAAGAGCCCUAUAGUAACUACCUAUUUAGCGUCCAAGUGCUAUGUCCCGUCACUUUAUGCCGUGAUCUUCAUAUCGUUAAUCUGCCUAUAUCGCAUCUACUUUCACCCUCUGUCGAAAUACCCUGGACCCAUUCUGGCUAAAGUCACCAACCUGUACGCGGGAUAUCACGCUUGGCGGGGAGAUGUGCAUACUGAUAUCUUGAAAUGCCACGAGAGAUAUGGCAAGGUCAUUCGAUACUCACCCGAACGUCUUCUUUUCAACACUGCAGAGAGUGUCUCCGAUAUAUAUUCUCACCGCAGUAAUGUCUUAAAGUCCAAGGUGUAUCACGCCCUAUCCGCGCAAGCUCCAAAUUCCCUGACUCUUCGGGACAAAGCCCUCCAUGGCAAGAGGAGGAGGGUGAUCAGCCAGGCAUUUUCCGAGAACACACUGCGAUCAUUCGAACCAAAGGUCAUUGAGAAAAUCCAUCAGCUGAGUGAUACCAUGGUGGAAGUUCCGCAGGAGACGGACAAAUCUUCGCGGGAAUGGAGUGACUCAAAGGACAUGGGCCAUUGUUUUGACCAUCUUACCUUCGAUAUUAUGACGGAUGUACUGUUCAGUGCUCGCUUUAAUACAAUCGGCGACCUAAAGUACCGUUAUGCUAUGACAGCAAUUGAAGAGUCGAACGUUCGACUCGGUGUUCUUGUCCAAGCUCCAGAGCUUCGCCGCAGGAAACUCCAACCACUUCUCUUUCCACAGGCAUUGAAGGCACGAUACAUGUUCGCCAUGUUCAUUCGAAAGGUUUUGGGUGAAAGACUGAAGCCAUCCAAGGAAGAUCGCAAAGAUGUCUUCUCCUUUGUGCAACAAGCAAAGGACCCUGACACUGGCAACAGCUUGGAUAUCACCGAGCUCAGUACCGAAACUGCGACAUUGAUCAUAGCUGGUUCCGACACUACUUCAACUUCGAUGGCAGCAACACUUCAUUAUCUUUCCUUCUCUCCACUAGCCUACAGGAAAGCUGCAGAAGAGGUCAGGAGGUGCUUCACCAAUCUUGAAGAGAUACGCAUGGGCCCUCUGCUCAAUUCCUGCACAGGCUCGGCAAAAAUACCUGAGGCUCUUCGUAUGUCACCCCCAGGAGGUGGCCCACUCUGGCGUGAGGUAUAUAAAGGCGGCGCUUUGAUCAAUGGCAUGCACAUUCAAGAAGGAGUUGAUGUCGCCGUAGGAAUUCACAGCAUCCACCACAACCCAGAAUACUUCCCUGAGCCAUACAGAUACAAUCCUGAUCGAUGGCUGAAGACAAUCAAUGGCACCGAAGAGUUAAAAAAGAUGCGUAGUGCUUAUAUGCCGUUUGGCUUAGGACCGAGAAGUUGUGUAGGAAAGCCACUUGCACUCGUUGAGCUCAUGCUUACAAUGGCGACAUUUCUGUGGCAAUUCGAUUUCCGUGCCAGCAACAGAGAUGAGGUUGCAUGGGCUGAUGGAACGAUGGCUGCUGAGCAGUUUCACUUGAAGGAUCAUGUCACUGGACAGAAAGAUGGGCCUUUGAUUGAGUUCCGAUUGAGAGAUUUGAGUGGCAAUUGGGAGUAA